AUGGAUGUACAAAAUCAAACUCAAAUAUAUGAUUAUUUGAAUCACGUACACGAUGAUCUAUUAUUGAAUUCAAAGGCAAUUGAAAGUGCCUGGUUACUAUAUACAUUUGUUUUUCUAUCAACAACUGAAAUUAUAUUUGGUGUAAUUGGAAAUGGUUUGGUGAUCUAUAUUUUUCUAAUACGAUCAACAACAAAAACAAGCCAUAAUUAUUUUACAGCAAAUUUAGCGUUAAGUGAUUUUAUUCUAUGUCUAAUAACAAUACCGUUAAAUAUUUAUCGAAAUUUAAAUAUCUACAUGGCAUUUCCACCUGUAUUUUGUCAUUUAGCAGAAGUAUUUCCAGCAGUUAACGUUUACGUCUCAUCAUCAACUAUAACAGCGAUCGCCGUUGAUCGUUAUUUAACUGUUAAAUAUCCACAUCGUCAUUUAGUAGGACCGUUAGUAACAACAGUAACUCUAAUAUUUAUCUGGAUAAUAUCGAUCGCUGCAUCCUCACCAUUAUUUGUCUAUUCAACAUCGUCAAAAGUUUACGAUGAUUCACUUAUCAGUGAAAUGAUUGCAAUGAAUUGUGAGUCAAUAAAUACGAACAAUGAUGGAUGUCAAAAAUAUCAUUUAGAAAAAUAUCAGAAUAUGCACGUAUGUCUAGAAAAGUGGCCAAGUGCAUACUGGCGAUUAACUGAAAGAAUAGCGACAUUAAUAUUCCAAUGUAUUUUUCCAAUUUUAAUUAUUGGUGUUACAAAUUAUCAAACUGCUCUCAAAUUAAAAGAACAUGUUACAAUAUCAUCACCGUCGGCUAUUCAUGAUAAUAAUUUACAAUAUCAUACAAAAACGGCAACGAAUACUUCAACAUACUUACCACUGGUAUUAAUUAUAUGCAUGAUAUCAGCCGUGACGAAUCCAUUUUUAUACGGUUAUUUUAAUGAAAGUCUUAAAAACGAAUUUCUACAAUUAUUUUCACGUUUUAUAUGUUGUAGGGUAAAACGAUGA